GCAAAUAUGUGAUAAUGUGAACGAAAGCAAAAUGUGGUCGUCAAGCUUCUUAGCUUGCUCUCACCAUUUUUCUUUUCCUCCCAAGCCUUAUCUAUUGUCAUCUGCUUCUUCCUCCUCUCAUCAUCAAAAGAUCCUAACCUUCCUCUGUUUUACUCAAAAUCCUUCGUCCACUUUCGGCAUCAGUUUCAGCAAGAGACAAAUGAAUCUCUCGAUUCUCACGCUCUUGUUCAAUGGUGGGUUCUUGUUGGAUAAAGCUAAAUCCAUUGUAGAGUCAGGACAUCUUCUAAGAUACACCGAUUCCAAAGAUGGCUUCACUCUUCUCGUACCCUCUUCUUGGACGAAGGUGGAGAAAGCAGGAGCCAAUGCUUUAUUUGAAGAACCAGAGAAACGAAGCAACAAUAUAGGAGUUGUGGUUAGUCCUGUCCGUAUAAAAAGUCUUGUAGACUUUGGUACUCCUCAAUUUGUAGCUGAUAAGCUCAUCAACGUAGAAAAGCGAAAGGAAAGCACAAAGGAAGUAGAAGUUGUAUCAGUGGGAGAGAGAUCAGGACAUGUAUAUGAAUUUGAAUACAAAAUUGAUAGUACGAGAGGAGGAAUCAAAAGGGUUUUCUCGGCUGCGGUUGUGAGCUCUAAGAAGCUUUAUAUACUGAACGUUGUUCAUUCAGACAGUCCAGAGAAUCCAUUGGAUUCAAGGCUACUAGCAAUCCAUUAA